CGCUUUCGUUUCCUUUUAAAUGCCCAACCAGCCCUGCCUGCAAACCAGCGUCAACACGAAAGCAAUCUGUAAAACAAAUCCCUUUAUCUGAAAAUGUCGUCCGCUGUGUCGAGCCACAUAUUCAACUUUCUGUGUAAAAAUGAAGGCUGUUCCGAUUAUGGUGCAGUUGACAGAAAUUUGCGGCAGAGCUUUACGGUUGCGGAUCAGGUGCUGUCUAUGGUGCUCGACGAUCAGGAGAAGUUUGUUAUUAAAGAGGAUGAUGGUGAGGACUCCGGCACCAACCAGUCGAUACUGAGUGCUGAAAGCCUGAUCAUAGCCAAAACAUCACUGCGAUUAUGCAAAAAUGACAAAUGUCUCGGAUGUGAAGAGCUGCACCUGUGCAGAUACUUUGUGUGUGGAAACUGCAGAUUUGGGGCAAAAUGCAAAAAGUCCCAUGGCCUGGACUCAGCCCAUAAUUCUCUUCUCCUUAAAAAACACGAUCUUCAAGGGCUUACAACUGGAGAGCUAUUUCGACUUCUGCUUCAAAAUGACCCCUCAUUACUUCCAGAGGUCUGCUUCCAUUACAACAAAGGGAACGGAGAACACGGCAGCUGCAAGCAUAAGACAUCUUGCACAUGCCUGCACCUCUGCCAGCACUUCCUGCAGAAUGACUGCAAGUUUGGAGUGUCUUGCAAAAGGGCUCACACCUUUGAUGCAAAUGCUGAGAAAAUCCUGAACGUCCGAGGAAUCGGUCCAGAAAACAGACGCAACCUGCACAAGAUAUACAGGAACAGGUUACUGAUUACCUCUUCGCAAGGGAAACCUGCCAGGAAGAGGGAACCAGCAGGAGCUCCACCAGCAGUGAGAGAACGCACCAGAAACAAAUCCAGCAGCUCUGUCAGUGAAGCUGAUCAAAACGAAAUCUGUCUCUAUUUCUUACGCUCUGGAUGUAGUUUCAAAGACAAAUGCAUUCGCGUUCACCACCACCUACCCUAUAAAUGGCAGAUUUUACAAGCAGAUGGUGUCACAUGGAGCGACUUGGCAAAUCAAGAGGAAAUCGAGAAGGCGUUCUGUAACCCGGCUAAUGAUAUGAGCAUUGCUCAGAGCAGCUCUGGGCAUCAAGUGGUCAGUUUUAUCUCAAUGACAUGUGAAGGGUCUUCAGUACGCCGACUGUCCACAGCAUCGUCUGUUACCAAACCCCCUCACUUUAUGCUGACCACCCAGUGGCUCUGGUACUGGAGGAAUGAUGAGGCGGACUGGACCGAAUAUAGCAAAGGGGAUAAAGCGAGGCUUGUUGCGUCAGUCACUUCUGAAAUCCUUGAAAAGGCUUACCUGUCCGACAAUGACGGAGAAGUUUCAUUUAACUCCGACAGCCAUCAGUACAUCCUCACAUUUAAAGGCAUGUAUCAGAGGAAUCUGAAGUACAAGACUAUAAGAGAGGUUCGCAGGAGACCAGGUUUUGUUGCUGCUCAAGAUGUAAAGAGCAAAAAGGGAAGUGAGUCUUCAGAUAGCACCACGUCCUCUGUGGAAGUUCCUUCUUACUGGGACAAAGGAUCUCUGCCUAGUUUGACUUACAUGUGUGUUCCUCUACAGAGCUCUUCUAAGGAAUAUCAAAGAGUUUCCUCACUGUUUGGUAGAACAAUGCCCAAGAACACCAUUCACAACAUUGAGAGAGUGCAAAACCUUUCUCUCUGGAGGGUCUUUCAUUGGCAAAAAGAACAGAUGAAGGGGAGGAAUGGAGGAAAGGAUGUCGACGAGCGUUACCUUUUUCACGGUACAGAUGAGUCUCUGAUAGAGCCAAUCUGUGACCAGAACUUUGACUGGAGGGUUUGUGGCAGUCACGGGACACUUUAUGGCAAAGGCAGCUAUUUUGCCAGAGAUGCUUCAUACUCUGACCGUUAUGCACAACCCAAAACCAGCAGAAGAAAGAAGAUGUUCAUGGCAUUGGUGCUGGUUGGAGAGUUCACGAGGGGUAAAAGUAGUUUCGUUCGUCCUCCACAGAAGAAUAACAACAAUCAAGCUUUUUAUGACAGCUGUGUUGACAGUGAAACCAACCCGGCCAUUUUUGUCGUGUUUGAGAAAUUCCAGAUCUAUCCAGAGUACAUCAUUGAAUACUCAUAAUCUCCACAAGCAAAAGUUGGCAGAAUCGGCUCCAUUUAAGAUAUUUUCCCAUGUUUAGAUGUGUUUUAACUCAGCACAGAUUAAGUCUGGGUCUUUUCAAUUUUGUAUUGUGAAUGAAAAUACAUUCAAUCCUUCUGCUCAUAAAGCAGUACUUCCUGUAUUCAUUUGAAUGAAUACCUGAUUAACUGUAUAGCCAAUGAUUCACCAGUGAUUAUACAACAAUACCAGUAAUGCCAAAUAGUUUAUGAUUUAGAUGUUUAUAUACACUCCGAAAAAGACACAAAAGCUGUCACUAGACUAUCUAUAUUUACAUUUUGGGGUACUAAUAUCCACCCUUUAUAUCAGGGGUCUCAAA